CAAGUGUCGUCUGUGCGACUUUAAAGUUCAUAUUUCAAUUCGUCUUGGUUCAAAUUAAUAUCGUAUUCUGAAAUGAUAUAGAAUUAAACACAUGGAAAAAUUGUCAAUUUUAAUAACUGGUGGUGGAAAAAGGAAUGAUAUCGUAAAGUUUAUAUUUUUCGUAGGUUUAUAACUCAAAAAUGUCGUUUUCAUUUGGUUCCAACACAUCCCAAAGCGCUGGUUUUGGUUCUGCAUCUAAACCGACUUUUUCAUUUGGAAGUACAAAUACUGCAACUACCAGUACUGCCGGUUUUGGCGGGUUUGGUACAACAACAUCUUCGUCGGGUUUUGGCACAUUUGGUGCACCUACAUCCAGUGCAGCAACACCAUUUGGUGGUCUUAAUACUGCUACAACAACUGCACCUACACUUUUUGGUGGUUCAGGUUUUGGAAAUACUGCAGCUAAGCCAGCUACAGGAUUUGGAACUGGCACUUUUGGUGCAAAUACUUUUGGGACUGGAACAGGUUUUGGUACUGGUACCUCAACAUUUGGUAGUGCCCAACCAGCAUUUGGUACUAGUAAUAUCGGUAGCAACACUUUUGGCACUGGAUCUUCGUUUGGUUCAACCUUUGGUGCUAAAACUACAACUACUGGUUUUGGUGGUUUUGGGACAGGGCUUGGAACAAUUGGUUUUGGUCAACAACAGCAACAACAACUACAACAGCAACAACAGCAACAACAAGGCCCUACAAAUGCCCAUGAAGCUCUUGUUGCAGCUGUUUUUAACUGUUGCGUGUUUGGUGAUGAGAGGGACCAAGUGUUGGCCAAGUGGAAUCUUCUGCAGGCACAGUGGGGCACUGGUCAAGCCUACUACAGUCGUACCGCUCCGCCAUUAGAGCUCAAUGAACAAAAUCCUCUUUGUCGUUUUAAGGCAGUGGGAUAUUCAAGAUUAGGUGGGAAGGAAGACAAGGAAGGGCAUGUAGCCCUGGUGUUUAAUAAAUCUGAACAAGAAAUAAAGAACAAUCAACAAGCAUUAUGUACUUCAUUGUCUGGUCUUUUUGGCAACAAGCCUAAUUUGGCUGUCAAUGUUGAAUCUGUUAAAGCUGUAUCAGAAAACAAGACUCAGGUGGUAAUAUAUAUUGUGGACAAAGGAGCUGGAGGACAGCACAUAAGUGCAUCAGAGUUGUCUGCAUUCCUGAAUGCAGGUGUUGCUCGAACAAACCUCACUAAUGCGGGAUGUUCCAGUGUCACUCCCGUCACACGACCUACCCCUCAGAUGCUGGAGCAAUAUUUGCAAAACCCUCCACCAGGUAUGGACAUGCGGCUUUGGAAGCAGGCACAGGCUGAUAAUCCUGACUCUGAAAACUACAUACCGGUUCCCAUUAUUGGAUUUUCAGAGAUAAAGUUCCGCGCGCGAUGCCAAGGCGAGGAGGCGGCGUUACAAGCGAGCUGGUUGCGACGCGCUGCCGACACGCUGUCCGCACUGCGCACGCGCCGCGCCGCCGCCACCGCGUCGCUCGCGCGACUGUCGGCCUCGCUGCACGCGCUCCGACACACGCUGCUGCAGGUGAUAUCUCGCCUCGAAGUCGUCGGUCGUGUGGGUAUUGCUUUGAGUCCUGAAGAAGAAGCAGCCAGAGCUCGCUUGCAGGAACUGGCAUCUCAACUGGCUGCUCCACCAUUAUACAACGGUCGAUUAAACGAACUUCUGUGCGCCGUCCGACUACAACGCAGUGCGAGUGCGGGAGCACCGCAUGAAAGAUACCACUUAGAUCCAGGUGCACAAGAAGAUGUGAAGCAAUUUUUAUCCCUCCAACAGCGUGGUAUGGCCCACUUGCUCGACACGGCUCGGAAGGACCUGUCUGCACUCAACACUAUUGCUGAAGGAAUGUCUCGUCUCGUGAGAACUUAGCAGAGCGUACAACCGAAGAAUGACUAUUCCGCGCAUUUCGUUGAAUGGUUCGGUUGAAUUGUGAGAAACUGUUCCGCUAGUGCGAUACUCGUGUUAAAUGUAAUCGAGUUUAUUUUGUAACAUGUCUUCUGAAUAAUUGUAAUCAUCAACUUUGUAAAUACGACUGAUAGUCCAUUGAAUAAACUGUAAUUUUGAAUUUAAA